GUUGGUGUCGGAGUGUUGGGGUGUUUGACUAAAAAUCGGACCUCGCCACCUCUUCUGUUGUAUAUUAUAGAUUAAAUAUUAUAAUAUUAUUUAACAUUUUAAGUUUCGGUCGAUUUAAAGAUGAGAAUCAACUUUUUAAAACUAUUUGCACUGAGCCACCUGACUCCGGUCCAGAAAGCACAUCUAUCGUACGCGGUACGCAAAGACAUUGAAGCAAAAGAGAUCCAACGAUUGUAUAGGAUGAAGCGAUUUCGUCAAAUGAAAUUAGACAGAAUAAAUCGUUCUAGAAUUAGAGCAGCUAAGAACAAAGAACAAGAAAAAGAAAUGUUGGAGUGGAUUGGUAACGUUUUGGGCGAGGCGAUUCCCAGCAAUGUCUCGUACGAAGAUUAUUUGAAAGACGGCGUCGUGCUUUGCAACCUCAUCAACAAGAUUGCUCCUGGAUCGGUGAAAAAAAUACAGACCAAGGGUUCAAACUUCCAGCUGAUGGAAAACAUUCAACGAUUUCAAGCGGCCAUCAAAAAGUACGGUGUACCAGAAGAGGAGAUUUUCCAAACGGCCGAUUUGUUCGAACGCAGGAACAUACCGCAGGUGACGCUCUGCCUAUACGCCCUCGCUCGCAUUACUCAAAAGCAUCCGGAGUACACGGGCCCGGCAUUGGGACCUAAAAUGGCUGACGCUAACAAGAGAGAAUUUACCGAAGACCAGUUGAGAGCAUCCGAAGGUCACCUCAACCUGCAAAUGGGAUACAAUAAAGGAGCUUCUCAGUCAGGAUUGGGAUCAUUCGGUAACUCAAGGCAUAUGUAAUAAACAACUAUCAGUCAAUGUAAAACGCACAAGCCUUACAACGACGAUGGGUGCUAUGAUUAUUCAAUUAUUAUAUUAAAUUUUAUUAUACGCGGGAACGCGACAUUAUUACUAUUAUAUUAUGUAUUUAAUUUUUUUUCAAAAAGUUCGUAUUAUUUAUACACAGUUUUUAUAUUAUAUUAUAUACAGCACCUAUACUAACAUUAUUAAUUUUUAAAAUAAAUCAAAGAGUAAUAAU